AGAGAGAGAUGCUCAGUUCCGCUUAAAUCUCUCUCUCUCUCUCUCUGGAGAAGUGAAGACAACCACUUGCAGACAAAGCAAAAUUUCUGCUUGCAACUUCAGAUUUUCUGUAUAAUCAUUGUAGGAGAUCCGUGUUUGGAGUUUUCUCGUUGGAUCAUUUUCCAGAUCUCACUUUUCUGUAUGGAGAUUUAAUAAUAGGAUUUCGUUCUGUGUUUUUCUGCGUUAUAAUGCCUUUGUAGAAGCAGAAUACAAGGAAACACUCUUUUGUACUCUUUUGCUUGUACUCAACUGCAAAAUCGCUGCCAUAAUCCGAAUUUAGCAACUGCAUUAACCACAAAUUAUUGGUUAUUGCUAAUUAUUGUCGGCGAAAUCCAACUCUACAGAAUACUUCUUUUUUGUUGCCUUCUGUUUGUUUUUUCUUCACCAAAUCCACUUAUUUUCCACCAAUUGUUCUGAGGUUCUCCUUCUCUGGAUUCAAAAUCAGAUCAAGAUGAGCUGCCUUGAUUUUUCAAUUUUCGUGUGCUUUGGAAUUAUAGUACUCUUGAUAAAUUGCUUGGCGUUGGCAAAUGCCGAGGAGGUAACGUGCUCGGGGAUUGUGCCAAUGAGGUAUCGUGAUGAUAAGAUAUCGAUCACGGAUUUUGGAGGAGUGGGUGAUGGAGUGACUCUGAACACAAAAGCUUUUAAGGAAGCAAUAUACAGAAUUGAGCAUUUGCACAGGAGAGGUGGUACUCUUCUUUACGUUCCUCCUGGGGAGUAUUUAACUGGACCCUUUAAUCUCACUAGCCACAUGACUCUGUACUUGGCCAGAGGUGCUGUUAUCAAAGCCACAGUGGAUACUGAGGAAUGGCCCUUAUUAUCUCCCUUGCCUUCUUAUGGAAGAGGGAGAGAAUUACCUGGCGGAAGAUAUAUGAGCUUCAUACAUGGAGAUGGGCUCCAUGAUGUGAUAAUCACAGGUGAAAAUGGGACGAUUGAUGGCCAAGGUGACGUCUGGUGGAACAUGUGGAGGCAAAGAACUCUGAAGUUUACCAGACCUAACCUGGUUGAAUUGUUGAAUUCCACAAGUAUAAUAAUUUCCAAUAUAACUUUCAAGAACUCGCCCUUUUGGAACCUACACCCUGUAUAUUGCAGCAAUGUUGUUAUAAAUUAUGCCACCAUAGUGGCUCCUGCUGACUCUCCCAACACUGAUGGAAUUGAUCCAGACUCGAGCUCCCAUGUAUGCAUCGAGGACUCCUACAUAUCGACAGGAGACGACCUAGUAGCCGUGAAGAGUGGAUGGGACGAGUACGGAAUUGCUUAUGGUCGGCCUAGUCAGGAUAUAACAAUUAGAAGGGUAACUGGGUCAUCGCCCUUUGCUGGAAUUGCUGUCGGAAGUGAAACAUCCGGAGGUGUCGAGGACGUUCUAGCCGAGCACAUAAACCUGUUCAAUAUGGGAUUUGGCAUUCAUUUGAAGACAAACAUCGGUAGAGGAGGUGUUAUAAGAAACAUCACAAUAUCAAAUGUUUACAUGGACAAAGCAAGAAAGGGAAUAAAGAUUUCGGGUGACGUUGGAGACCAUCCAGACGAGAAUUAUAACCCGAAAGCACUUCCUGUUCUGAAGGAUGUUAAAAUUAAGGAUGUAUGGGGUGACAGAGUACAGCAACCUGGUCUGAUUCGCGGUCUGAAGGAUGCACCGUUUUCUGGGAUCUGUCUCUCGAAUAUUAGCCUCGGUGGCGCCACAGGGCAGAGAGAUUUGCCCUGGCAGUGUUCUGAUGUAAGUGGAGGCGCGGUCCAAGUUAGCCCGCUGCCCUGUUCUGAACUAACCAGCAGCCAGCAAAUUGGUGCAUGCGCUUCUUCCUUCUGAGAAUUAUGAAAAUUAUUCAUCUUUGUUCAACAAUAAUUAACGAGUAGUAAUAUUAUGGUUAUUACUUUGUAAGAAUAGUUAAAUUUACUCAGACUAUUGUCUAAAUAUGAAGAAAACUUUUUUGCAAA